AAUAUAUUCAAAUGAUUAGAUAUAAAAGUUAUACUUUAAUACUUCUGAUACAGAAAAUAAUUUGCGACAAGGGAAAUUCAUUCCCGACGAACCAAUAAAUUUGUCAAUGAAGUGUCAGAAGCACACCAAAUGGAUAAAUUUCCCGUACGAAACUACAUCGACAUGUUCGAAAUGAAAAACUCCAUCAACCCUUUCAAUUACGUACGUAACGAGACAGCAAGAAGAACUAAGAAAGAUUAUACCACAAAAGUUCACGUUUUGGAGAAACCCUCAAAGAAAAUUGAUUUUCAUCUAGAAGGGCCGCUGCAUGUGUUAAAAACAACAAAACAGAAAAGGUCCAGGAUACUGACGAUACCAAAACCACCUAAAGUAACGAAGCAAGUGGAAAUUCUGGACGCCAUGUAUGCUUCAAGAGAAGUAGAAAGAAGAUCAUCUCAUACCGACUUGAGCAAGUUAUUCAAGACGUCGCGCAAGCCACAUCCCGUUCUAACCGAAAACGAAAUUAAGGAUAUUCAGAAAAUCUAUUCUUCAGAUGGCAGCAAUCAUGAUGAAAUUAUGUCCAUACAUAUAAAAAAAAUGAAGGAAGGAAUAGAACGUCUACAGGAAAUAACACAGAAAUUCAAUUGUACAGAAACAUACAAAGAAGACGUGGAAUAUCUCAUUAGGAACGUGAAAAAAGCCAUCAGCAGGGCUGAAACGAAGAGUAAACAAAGCGAUUGCAAGUAGUACAUAAUGUGAAAGUGUUCGAAAUAAAACACAUGUAUUGUGGGUAA